CGGGUCUGACACCCUUGAAACACCCCCAAUAUUUCUCCAGUAGUAAUUCUACGAAGGUGGAACGUAAACACAGCAGAAAACCAAACAAGAUCUGAUACCGACCCCAGCAUCCAGCGCCACCCAGGAUCGAAAGCGGACACCCUCCAAACCUGCCUCAUCCCGGCUGGCUGCGAGAUUUACGAUCGUCUCCUGUCUCUCCUCUCCAGUACUCCCAUGGCCUGCUUCGAUUCCGGGACUAACGCGGCACACUCGAUUCUGUGCAAGAUCGCUACGUUGUCUUGAAACACAGGCUGAAACAUGAACUGGGCCGGUUGAGUGAUGUUGAAGAGUCGUUGAGAGUUUUUUUAGCAUCCUAUUGCUUCUUCACCGAGGCUUGUCGGAGUAAUGGCUGGUUCUCGAAAGAAUAUGGCGGUAACUGAAAGGUGAUGCAAGUUACGGACAAAGCCGUUUCGACGGAUGACGAUCUCAAGCAGGGGGUGGUGGAGGAGGCGGGGGCGUCUCAACCACCACCACGCUUCGACGUCACAAAGUUGGAAGCGGUUCUGGCUACGCUCCUCGAGAACAAGGUGGAAGCUAUUAAGCAGGAGAGGAAACAAUCGAGCGUCGGUUCCAGUCCAAAAAGUAUCGUGCAUCGUUUGAGAAUCACUUCCACUUCAACAACUUCAUCGGGGAAGGCUGGAAACGAUGUCGACUCGGAAACAAAGAGGAGAAAACCAAAACCCAUGACGGUAGGAAGUGGUAUAUCAAUCAGGAGAUGGCAACAGAUGCAACCGACUGAUUCUUGCGAAACACAUUCCAGUAAUUGCGGACCACACAGCCAGGAAAUAUCAAUAUCUUCCAUUGAUAGUCACCGUGUAAAACGUCCCCAAAAAUCGAGCCUUAAAAGUCCCCCUGUGAUGAGCAGACAGACUUCUAGAGAGACUGACGACCGUAGCCUUCCAUCCUUCAGUCGGCAAGAAUCCCGAGAGUCUAACCCCUCUUUCUGUCGACAGGAUUCCAGAGAAUCCUACAGGUAUGGCUUCCAUAAACAAGACUCCAAAGACUCUAGAGAAUCAACCUCUCGGAUAUUCAUAAGACAAGACUCGAGAGAUUCGAGGGAGUCGACCAGAUUUCUCAGGCAAGACUCCAAAGAUUCGAGGGAUUCUUAUCGUUGUUGCGACGUAGAAAUAUGCAAGUGUAGGGUGUGCCUGAUACAGCAGAUAAACCAGCCGAUCACCAGAACCUGCUGUUGCGAAAGAGGAGAAAUACUACAACGAUCCUUCGAUGAAGACUACAUAUCCUUGAAAAUUGACGAAGAUUGUUUGUCGGAUGAAGAAGAGCGAAGAGCGAGACGUAAACGGAGACGUAAAAGGAGAAGACGUCUUCGAAGACAGCUGGCCCUUGAGGCAAUGAGAGGAGCAGCUUCGUUACCACCAAGACUUCCUGCUGAUGACAAAGUGAAGGUUUUAGAUAAUGAUGAAUUGCCUCCAAAGGCUCGAUGGACCAUCGUAGCGACUGCCAGUGUUCUCUUAUUCCUGUGCCUCUUCCUUGUGGGAGUUACCCUACGAAUGGCACCUCUCAUUGAUGACAUGGUGCGGAUGGAAAACGAACAACUCAUAAACUCCUACAACAAGGAUGCUGCCAAGUUGAACCUGACCUUGGGACGUCCCCCCGUCCACAUAAUAGACAUCACAUGAGAAUCAUGAUUCUGGGUGUCUAUUGGAUUUCUUUUGUGACCUUUGUUUCAGGAAAUUCGAAAAAAAAACAGGAUAACAUAGGCUGUGUGUGUUUUAUCGUGUCAUUUAUAUAAGGUUACUCAGAAUCGAACCUGAGGCACAAUAUUAUUCGCACAAAGAGUGCUAUUCUAUUAUUUAUCAUCUAGACCUUAUUCUGAAAAACUA